GAUCUCUGGGAAGUUCCGUUGGGGAAGAUGGCGGCGGCCUCGAGCACCCUUCUCUUCUUGCCGCCCGGGACUUCAGACUGAGCCUUCUUGGGAAGCGUGGGGGCUGCUAAUGCCCUGCAUCCCGAGAACUCAGUCCCUCUUGGUUCCUCUGCUGGUGGCGGUGAAAGGUUUGUCCUCUCGUGGCGGACAUAGGCCUUCGCUGCUGUCAGGAUGAAGGCUCAGGGGGAAACUGAGGAGUCGGAAAAGCUGAGUAAGAUGAGUUCCCUUUUGGAACGGCUCCAUGCAAAAUUUAACCAAAAUAGACCUUGGAGUGAAACUAUUAAGCUUGUGCGUCAAGUCAUGGAGAAGAGGGUUGUAAUGAGUUCUGGAGGUCACCAACAUUUGGUCAGCUGUUUGGAGACAUUGCAGAAGGCUCUCAAAGUAACAUCUUUACCAGCAAUGACUGAUCGUUUGGAGUCAAUAGCAAGGCAGAAUGGACUGGGCUCUCAUCUCAGUGCCAGUGGUACUGAAUGUUACAUCACGUCAGAUAUGUUCUAUGUGGAAGUGCAGUUAGAUCCUGCAGGACAGCUUUGUGAUGUAAAAGUGGCUCACCAUGGGGAGAAUCCUGUGAGCUGUCCAGAGCUUGUACAGCAGUUAAGGGAAAAAAAUUUUGAUGAAUUUUCUAAGCAUCUUAAGGGCCUUGUUAAUCUGUAUAACCUUCCAGGAGAUAACAAACUGAAGACCAAAAUGUAUUUGGCUCUCCAAUCCUUAGAACAAGAUCUGUCUAAAAUGGCAAUUAUGUACUGGAAAGCAACUAAUGCUGGUCCCUUGGAUAAAAUUCUUCAUGGAAGUGUUGGCUAUCUCACUCCACGGAGUGGUGGUCACUUAAUGAACAUGAAGUACUAUGCCUCUCCUUCUGACCUGCUGGAUGAUAAGACUGCAUCUCCUAUCAUUUUGCAUGAGAAUAAUGUUCCUCGGUCUUUGGGGAUGAAUGCAUCAGUGACAAUUGAAGGGACUUCUGCUAUGUACAAACUCCCAAUUGCACCAUUAAUUAUGGGGUCACAUCCAGUUGAUAACAAAUGGACUCCUUCCUUCUCCUCAAUCACCAGUGCCAACAGUGUUGAUCUUCCUGCCUGUUUCUUCUUGAAAUUUCCCCAACCAAUCCCAGUAUCUAGAGCAUUUGUUCAGAAGCUACAGAAUUGCACAGGAAUUCCAUUGUUUGAAACUCAACCAACUUACGUACCCCUCUAUGAACUGAUUACCCAAUUUGAGUUGUCGAAGGAUCCAGAUCCCAUACCUUUGAAUCACAAUAUGCGGUUUUAUGCUGCUCUUCCAGGUCAGCAACACUGUUAUUUUCUCAACAAAGAUGCUCCUCUUCCAGAUGGACGAAGUCUACAAGGAACACUGGUUAGCAAAAUCACCUUUCAGCAUCCUGGCCGAGUUCCUCUUAUCCUCAAUAUGAUUAGACAUCAAGUGGCCUAUAAUACCCUAAUUGGAAGCUGUGUCAAAAGAACUAUUUUAAAAGAAGAUUGUCCUGGGCUUCUUCAGUUUGAAGUAUGUCCCCUCUCAGAAUCCCGUUUCAGUGUAUCUUUUCAGCAUCCUGUGAAUGAUUCCCUGGUGUGUGUGGUAAUGGAUGUGCAGGACUCAACACAUGUCAGCUGUAAACUCUACAAGGGACUGUCAGAUGCACUCAUCUGCACAGAUGACUUCAUUGCCAAAGUUGUUCAAAGGUGUAUGUCCAUCCCUGUGACGAUGAGGGCUAUUCGGAGGAAGGCUGAAACCAUUCAGGCUGACACCCCAGCUCUGUCCCUCAUUGCAGAGACAGUUGAAGACAUGGUGAAAAAGAACCUGCCCCCGGCUAGCAGCCCAGGGUAUGGCAUGACCACAGGCAACAACCCAAUGAGUGGUACCACUACACCAACCAACACCUUUCCGGGGGGUCCCAUUACCACCUUGUUUAAUAUGAGCAUGAGCAUCAAAGAUCGGCAUGAGUCGGUGGGCCAUGGGGAGGACUUCAGCAAGGUGUCUCAGAACCCAAUUCUUACCAGUUUGUUGCAAAUCACAGGGAACGGGGGGUCUACCAUUGGCUCGAGUCCGACCCCUCCUCAUCACACGCCGCCACCUGUCUCUUCGAUGGCCGGCAACACCAAGAACCACCCGAUGCUCAUGAACCUUCUUAAAGAUAAUCCUGCCCAGGAUUUCUCAACCCUUUAUGGAAGCAGCCCUUUAGAAAGGCAGAACUCCUCUUCCGGCUCACCCCGGAUGGAAAUGUGCCCGGGGAGCAACAAGACCAAGAAAAAGAAGUCAUCAAGAUUACCACCUGACAAACCCAAGCACCAGACGGAAGAUGAUUUUCAGAGAGAGCUGUUUUCAAUGGAUGUCGAUUCACAGAACCCAAUCUUUGAUGUCAACAUGACAGCUGACACGCUGGAUACGCCACACAUCACUCCAGCUCCAAGCCAGUGUAGCACUCCCCCAACAACUUACCCACAACCAGUACCUCACCCCCAACCCAGUAUUCAGAGGAUGGUCCGACUAUCCAGUUCAGACAGCAUUGGCCCAGAUGUAACUGAUAUUCUUUCAGACAUUGCAGAAGAGGCUUCUAAGCUUCCCAGCACUAGUGAUGAUUGCCCACCCAUUGGUACCCCUGUUCGAGAUUCUUCAAGUUCUGGGCAUUCUCAGAGUGCACUCUUUGACUCUGAUGUCUUUCAAACUAAUAAUAAUGAAAAUCCAUACACUGAUCCAGCUGACCUUAUUGCAGAUGCUGCUGGAAGCCCCAGUAGUGAUUCUCCUACCAAUCAUUUCUUUCCUGAUGGAGUAGAUUUCAAUCCUGAUUUAUUGAACAGCCAGAGCCAAAGUGGUUUUGGAGAAGAAUAUUUUGAUGAAAGCAGCCAAAGUGGGGAUAAUGAUGAUUUCAAAGGAUUUGCAUCUCAGGCACUGAAUACUUUAGGAGUGCCAAUGCUGGGAGGUGAUAAUGGGGAGACAAAAUUUAAAGGCAAUAGCCAGGCUGACACAGUUGAUUUCAGUAUUAUAUCAGUAGCUGGUAAGGCUUUGGGUCCUGCAGAUCUUAUGGAGCAUCACAGUGGUAGCCAGAGUCCUUUAUUAGCCACUGGGGACUUAGGGAAAGAAAAGGCUCAAAAGAGAGUCAAGGAAGGCAAUGGCACCAGUAAUAGUAGUCUGUCAGGCCCAGACAGUAAACCAGGAAAACGCAGCCGGACCCCUUCUAAUGAUGGGAAAAGCAAAGAUAAGCCUCCAAAGCGGAAGAAGGCAGACACUGAGGGAAAGUCUCCAUCUCACAGUUCUUCUAAUCGACCUUUUACUCCACCUACCAGUACUGGUGGGUCCAAAUCUCCAGGCAGUUCAGGAAGAUCUCAGACUCCCCCAGGUGUUGCCACACCACCCAUUCCCAAAAUCACUAUUCAGAUUCCUAAGGGAACAGUAAUGGUGGGCAAGCCCUCUUCUCACAGUCAGUAUGCCAGCAGUGGUUCUGUGUCUUCCUCAGGCAGCAAAAGCCACCAUAGCCAUUCUUCCUCCUCUUCAUCUGCUUCCACUUCAGGCAAGAUGAAAAGCAGUAAGUCAGAAGGUUCAUCAAGUUCUAAGUUAAGCAGCAGUAUGUAUUCUAGCCAAGGGUCUUCUGGAUCUAGUCAGUCCAAAAAUUCAUCCCAGUCUGGGGGGAAGCCAGGCUCCUCUCCUAUUACCAAACAUGGACUGAGUAGUGGCUCUAGCAGCAGCAAGAUGAAACCUCAAGGCAAGCCAUCAUCACUUAUGAAUCCUUCUUUAAGUAAACCAAACAUAUCCCCUUCUCAUUCAAGGCCUCCUGGAGGUUCUGAUAAACUUGCCUCUCCAAUGAAGCCUGUUCCUGGCACUCCCCCAUCCUCCAAAGCCAAGUCCCCUAUCAGUUCAGGUUCUGGUGGUUCUCACAUGUCAGGAACUAGUUCAAGCUCUGGCAUGAAGUCAUCUUCAGGGUUAGGAUCCUCAGCCUCACUGUCCCAGAAAACUCCCCCAUCAUCUAAUACUUGUACAACAUCUUCCUCUUCAUUUUCCUCAAGUGGCUCUUCCAUGUCAUCUUCUCAGAACCAGCAUGGAAGUUCUAAAGGGAAGUCUCCCAGCAGAAACAAGAAGCCAUCCUUGACAGCUGUCAUAGAUAAGCUGAAGCACGGGGUUGUCACCAGUGGUCCAGGGGGUGAAGAUCCAAUGGAUGGUCAAAUGGGAAUGAGCACAAAUUCUUCGAGCCAUCCCAUGUCCUCCAAACAUAACAUGUCAGGAGGAGAGUUCCAGGGCAAGCGUGAGAAAAGUGAUAAAGACAAAUCAAAGGUUUCCACCUCUGGGGGGUCAGUAGAUUCUUCUAAGAAGACUUCAGAGUCAAAAAAUGUAGGGAGCACAGGUGUGGCAAAAAUUAUCAUCAGCAAGCAUGAUGGUGGCUCCCCCAGCAUAAAAGCCAAAGUGACUUUGCAGAAACCUGGGGAAAGUACUGGAGAAGGGCUAAGGCCACAGAUGGCCUCUUCCAAAAACUAUGGCUCUCCAAUGAUAAGUGGUUCCACUCCAAAACAUGAACGUGGCUCUCCCAGCCAUAGUAAGUCGCCAGCAUAUACCCCCCAGAAUCUGGACAGUGAAAGUGAGUCAGGGUCCUCUAUAGCAGAGAAAUCUUACCAGAACAGUCCCAGUUCAGAUGAUGGCAUCCGACCACUUCCAGAAUACAGCACAGAGAAGCAUAAGAAGCACAAAAAGGAAAAGAAGAAAGUUAAAGACAAAGAUAGAGACCGGGACAAAGACCGAGACAAGAAAAAGUCUCAUAGCAUCAAGUCAGAGAGUUGGUCUAAAUCACCGAUCUCUUCAGACCAAUCCUUGUCUUUGACAAGUAACACAAUUCUGUCUGCAGACAGGCCUUCAAGGCUAAGCCCUGAAUUUAUGAUUGGGGAGGAAGAUGAUGAUCUUAUGGAUGUGGCUCUGAUUGGCAGUUAGGAACCUUAUUUUCUAAAUAGAUAUGGCCAGGGAGGAACUAACGUUUAUAUGUAAACCAACACAAAGGGGUGACUCAGACAGAUCUGAUUUAUGUUUGGGUGGAAAAAGGCAUAGCUUUGAUACUAAGCCAAGUGAUUUUAGAAAGGUAUAUUCAGACCCUAUUAAAGAGAUCCCAUGGUUUGAUAAUACCAAUAAUUUCUAUUCCUCUGCCAGGAAGAACAUGUUAAAAAUACUUGCUUAGGAAAGGGACAGGGAGAGGGAAGGGUGGGAAAACAGUUUAGUGGGAAAUACUCAUUUUUCUCCCUCUUUUAGGCCCUUAUUAGGCCAUGUUUUGAACACAUUUUAGUGCAUGCAUUUAAGGGCUGGGCAGAAAAUGAAAAAGCAAUACAUUCCUUGAUGCAUUUGCAUGAAGGUGGUUCACCUUUGGGUAGUUGUCCAUUUGAGGCAUGGACACUGAAAGACAUUUGUCAUGUUGGACACAAGCAAUGUCUGGUGUCAGAAGUGAUUGAGGGAGAGAUGAUGAUUUUAACUAUUUAUUUGUAAUAUUUUAACCCUUUUAUGUUUUUAUGCAGUGUUUCUAAAUCUAUGAGGCUUAGGGUUCAGGAUGAUGGGAAGCAAGGUUUAUUGGUGAUUAGAGAGCUUAUUGCUUGGGCUUGAUACUACAGCAUUAAGCCCAAAUAGUAGUCAGAGCCCACCUUUGGAGUUACAUAGAGAAACCAAAAAUUAUUUUAGGAAGUUUUUCAUAGAGUUCAUACAUCAUAGGAAUAAAUACUAGGAGUUACCUCCCUGUGGAGGUGAUUGAUUUAUAAUCCUUUUCCUUUUAAAAAAGGUAGGGUGUCUUUGGGAUUUAAACAUGUAUUCAGAUAUAGUAAGGUGUAAUGUGGGACAGCCUUCCUGAACCAGUGGCAUGAAAACCUUUACAGAAUUAAUAGUUCUCCUAUUCCACAAUGUGCCAAAAGUCUGCAUCUCAGCAUUUAUUUGCAGGAGAACUGAUGCCAUUCCUAAGAGCUGGGCUCUUUGUCUCUCUGCACCACAAGGAGGAGUUCAGACUUUAAUACUUCACUGUAGUGCUCCCUGAGAUAAAACAGUAAAAAGAAUUUGCAGCCAUAGUUCACUUAAAAUGAUUUCAAGCUCACUUAAAUAAUGGGGGCCUGGAAUGCUUGUGAGCAUGAAGAUAAACCCUUGCUACUGUGUAGCAAUACAAUUGGACCUUUUUGGAAAACAGGUCUGACUCUGGAUUCUGGGGGACAUCAAUAAGAAGCCCUUCUCAUAAAUAUAGAAAUCCAGGAGACCAUUUGAGUACAACAGAAGUUCUCAGUAUUUGGAGGGUCCUCUCAAAAUUCUGCGGCCUUACUUUGAUUUUGACACCUGCACUGUGCCAUUCCUGAUGAUUCCAUUCAGGAUCUCUAUCUGCGGGGUGGGGCAUAAUCCCCAGCACAACUCUUCCGGAUUAGAAACAAACAAAAAAAAGCCAGAUGAUUCAUGUGUGUGUGUGUGUGUCAUAAGUGGAAUGACUUCAUCAGAUGUGGAAGAAGAUUAUAUUCAACCAUUUCUACAGGUUGGAGUUAGCAUAGAAUUGGAAAAUCCACUUUGGCUUUCUUUCCCAACUGUCUCAUUUCCUCCAGUGUUCCUUUCUUGGUCAUCAGCUCUGCUACUUUUAUGUCCCAAGGUAAUAAGUCGGAAAUGAAAUGUUGCAAAGUGGAACAUGUUAUCAGUUACUGUAUCAGUCAAAUAUCUUGGGUGA